AUGCAUUUUUGGGAUUCGAUGUUCAAGAAGUUCGCCACCAGUCAAGAGUUUCGCGAUGAUUUGAGAGUUCGCUAUCCGGACUGCGAGAUGCUCAACAACAACAGCAACAACAACUCGAUGAAUGAUGUGACGAUCAGCUCAAACGAGACCGAUGAUUAUUACAUUCUCACCGAGGACGAGCAGCAGGCUGAGGUGCUUCGAAUCAAGAUUGAGGUCUGCAUGUACAUCGUCUGCUUCCUUAUCGGGGGUCCUUUGAACAUCCUCUCGCUAAAAAGGAGUCUACGAGCCUUCAGGGCUCAUAAAGCGAAGAGUCAAAUCCUACUAUUGCGAAUCACCCUGAAUAUUGCCGAUCUGAUGACAUUGUUCCUUUAUGUGCCGAAGCAGAUUAUAUGGCUAAUCACUUAUCAGUGGUACGGUGGCGAGAUUCUAUGCCGAAUUUGCGCCUUCUUCUCAACUUUUUCAUUUUAUCUCAAUUCAUAUGUUAUCGCAUGCAUCGCAAUCGAUCGCGUUUACGGAGCCUACAAUAUUAGCUCUUUAAACGCCCACCGAAAAGCUUAUAUUCGUUGCCGCAAUCUGCUGGCGUUCGGCUGGAUAUGGUCGUUCGUUCUAGCUGUUCCGAAUUUCGUCGUAUUCCGCACCACUCUGCCAUUCCCACAUUUGAAGGAUUAUGAGCAGUGUGCGACAAUUUUCAUGAUAUUCGUGCAUGAUAUGAGCAAUGAGUACACGAAUGAUUCGACGACGGAAGCGCGCCGAAUUGAGAUCGACAAGAUGGCCGCCGACAUGCGACUCUACGAGAGAGCCUAUGCCGUUAGCCAUUUUUUGUUCGUCUUCUGGAUCCCGUGCACAAUUAUCAUCUGCAGCUACAUUGUUGUGUUGCUCAUUCUACAAGGCCAUCUGAAGCAAGAGAAAGCGUCAAAUUGUUGCUUUAAAUUCAAUACAAAUAAAUCUUGUAUGUUAAGGAGCACAAGCAAAGAAAAUAUUGCCUUUGAGUAUACCGAAUCUCGUGGUUCGGUUCUUACGAAGAGCUCGCGGAGCAGCUCGACGAAAUUCGGGGCGAUGGCGGUCAGCACGAUACACAAGGCGAAACAGCACGCGAAACGGCAGGCUGCAAUGAUAAUCAUCGCUUAUUUGUGCAUUUGGUCGCCUUAUAAUUUCUUUACUGUUUUGAAUGUUCUUGGCGUACCCGUUAUGGAGGAAUUGCGAAACUUUUUGAGUUUUCUCAACGCUGGAAUUUGCUUCAACACCAUUGUUAACCCGAUCAUUUAUGGCGUUUUCAGAAAACGCUGA